UUGACAUCUAUUAGCAUGUCCAGUGUCAUGUCAUUAGACUAUUGGCAUUCUCUCUCCUCUCUGCCUGCCAGUCACUAGUCCACUCUGCAGUAGAACGAGGCACAACAACACAUUAACCAGUGAACAGCCAUGCUGCUACAUAGCUUCCCUCUCACCAUCCUCCUCUCCACCAUCCCUGUCACUCCCCAGUGGGGGGCAGUGGGUGAUGAGUCUGGAAGGUCUGUGGCUGCUGCAGGGCCAGUGGUCCAGGGCAGGCCCUUCACCAUGGUCUGGAACAUGCCCACAGCGAGCUGCCAGGAACACUAUGGCAUCCACCUGGACCUGGGGGCCUUCGACAUCGUGGAGAACCACCACCAGCACUUCCAGGGCCAGAACAUGAGCAUCUUCUACCACAAUCAGCUAGGGCUCUACCCUUACAUCACCCAGGAGGGUCUGCAGGUUAAUGGAGGGGUUCCCCAGAGGGGAGACCUGGAGGCCCACCUGGCCCUGGCCCAGACCCAGAUCUCAGCCCUGCUCAGGACAGGGUUCAGCGGCCUGGCCGUCAUCGACUGGGAGGAGUGGCGCCCCUUGUGGGUGAGAGACUUCGGCAUUAAGCUGGAGUACCGCCGGCUGUCUAAAAAACUAGUGAGAGGGGAGCAUCCAGAGCUAACCAAACAGGAAGUGAACUCCCUGGCCCGUAAGGAGUUUGAGAGGGGUGCCAGGGACUUCAUGUCUGAGACGCUGCAGUUAGGAGUGUGUCUGCGACCGAGGGGACUCUGGGGCUUCUACAGCUUCCCUGAAUGCUUCAACUACCACAGGGAGCAGAAAGGCCACAGCUACACGGGUCAAUGCCACUCUAAGACCAGGCAGAAGAAUGACGAGCUAGCCUGGCUGUGGCGCCAGUCCACUGCCCUCUACCCUAGUAUCUACCUACCCAAACGUCUGGCAGGGUCCUCUGAUGCUACCCUCCUGGUCAGACAUAGGCUUCUGGAGGCCCUGAGGGUGGCGAAUCAGUACCCCACUAGCACCCAUGCCACUCCUGUACUGCCCUAUGCCAGAGUGGCAUUCGCCCACACCCUCCACUUCCUCAACAAGACGGAUCUGGAGCACACACUGGGAGAGAGUGCAGCGCUGGGGAUGGCAGGAGUGGUGCUGUGGGGGGAGCAGGCGUUCGCUAAGUCAAAGCAUCAGUGUGAGAUACUGAGGGACUACAUUCAUUCUGAACUGGGAGUGUACAUCAGCACCCUGAAGAGAGGGGUGCAGCGUUGCAGCGAGGAGCGAUGCCAUGGCAACGGUCGCUGUGCCAGAAGGGACCCCUACUCUGACCACAUGAUCCCACUCUCUGACUCCUUCUCCAACUUCCUCCCUGACCCCUCUCAUGACCUCAGCCACCUCCGAAAUAACUUCCUGUGCCAGUGCUAUCAGGGCUGGGCGGGUGAGAAGUGUCAGGAAAGGAUAGCUUCAAUCACUAACACUUAGUGUCAGGAAAAUAUAUAGUCUCUAUCACCAAUAUAUAAUAUCACCUUUUGUUUAUUUGGUUGAUGCGCAGCAUACAGUAGCAUCAUUGCAAUUCCACCAAGUGUAUCAAAGUGAAAACUGUGGCAGUUGCCAAGGCACUUUCUCAGCGUAUUCAUUCUAUACAAUUCAGUUCCACUUGUGACAUGUUUAAGUUGUGAUAGUCAGAACAAAUUUGCACUGUGUUUUGUCAGUAACAAAAUGGGUGUGACAUUUCAUCAUACAUUGCCUGUCUCAUGCAUACAUGUAAAAGAGGACCGCUUCUAAAAGUUACAGCGUAGCUUGUAUGUACAGUAUGUUUAAGUCACAGAUCACAUGGAUGUCUCGAACCUGAAUCAUUUCUGUCCUCAUGCAGUUGUCCAAAUACAUGAAUUGUCAGUUGAAGAGUGUUGUCCUUUAAGCUGUGAUGUCACUAAAGAUGCUAUAAAGAGUUCAGUACCCUGCAA